AGUAUUGCGGAGGUGUUUCGUUGUUUCAUCUGUAUGGAGAAGCUGCGGGACGCUCGGCUCUGCCCCCACUGCUCCAAACUCUGCUGUUUCAGCUGCAUACGGGUGAGUCUGAUGACAUGUCGCCACGGGAAAUGAGGCCAGCUCGUUAGCGUAACUCUGCACAGCUGGGUUGUGAGGGCGAAAUCUACAACAAUGCAUAUUAAAAAAGUCUGUUUGGACUAUCAUGCUUAUAACUCACAGCAUUGGUGAAUGAAGCAGAAGCUUCAUGAACAAACUUGUCUUGUUUACCAGGGAAAUCCAAUAUUCCACUUUAAUUUUUCUAAUGAUUUUAAAGUAUAGAAAAAUUAUCAUUUCAGUGUUUACUUUGAACUGUCAGGCUAGAAAUAUAGUAAAUGGAUGCAGUCAUGGGUGUUAGGCAUCCUGUAAAAAUCUAUACAGUGUUACAACCUCAUCUGCAAUGCUGUAAUGUAACCUCUCCUAUUGACAGCGCUGGUUGACUGAGCAGAGAGCCCAAUGCCCACACUGUCGGUAAGCCCUCCUCCUACUACUGCAGUGUUAUUCAAAGUAUGGGUUGCGACCCCAAUUUUUUUUUAAAUUCAGGCAGCGGAGUUGAGUAAAUCGAGGGAAUUAAGUAUUGAUCCCCCCCUAGUGCCAGUAUCAAUUCAUGAUGGUAAAAGAAACACGGUUUUUAAAGAGGUCUUGCUUGAAAAAUCCUUAAAGGCAUACUAAACUUGGAGAUCUGUAUGUAACUUCCUUUGUCUAAAUUGUUUGAUUAGAUGUUUUUGGAUAGACGUAGGCCACGUGUCUAACUCAUUCCACGGAGGGCUGACUGUUUGCAGGUUUUCUCUCCUCCCUUGUACUUGAUUUAUGAAUUAAGGUCACUAAUUAGUAAGGAACUCCCCUCACCUGGUUGUCUAGGUCUUAAUUGAAAGGAAAAAACAAAAACCUGCAGACACUAGGCCCUACGUGGAAUGAGUUUGACACCCCUGACCUAGGCUGUAGCCACCAUUUAGGGGGCAUUAUAUGUCAAGAGUGAUCAUGUGUGUGACCUUAUACGUGUGUGUAUGUAUGUAUGUAUGUAUGUCCUCUGUAUGGGUGGUCCUCUGUAGCUCAGCUGGUAGAGCACGGCGCUUGUAACGCCAAGGUAGUGGGUUCGAUCCCCGGGACCACCCAUACACAAAAAUGUAUGCACGCAUGACUGUAAGUCGCUUUGGAUAAAAGCGUCUGCUAAAUGGCAUAUUAUUAUUAUAUUAUUAUGUAUCCAGGGCGCCACUGCAACUGCGGGAGCUGGUGAACUGCCGCUGGGUUGAGGAAGUUACCCAGCAGCUGGACACCCUGCAGCUCUGCAACCUCUCCAAACACGAGGAGAACGACAAGGACAAGUGAGCCCCAGCAUCCCUUUCCAUUGCUCCCCUGUGACCCGUUGCCUCAUUCAUCAUCACUACCACCACUUUCUUUAUCUUUCUGUCUGUCUCUCUCUGCCCUUUCUACCCCUUUCUGAAGACCUCUAAAACCUAACCUGAACCCCAUUAAACAAAAUUCAGCCCAUAUCUGAAGUAUGAGGCAAAAGCAACCUAGAACGAUUUGUCCUUUCAGCUAGGAAAUUUGAAAGGCCCAGCACAUUCUAAUGUGGGCUGAGUUUAUAAAUGGCUGGUUGUUUGGGACUUGUUUUGCUGACAGUAGCUAGGUUUCCAUCCAGUUUGCGACAGAUGUUCAUGCGAAUAUUCAAAAAUAUGUGCAUUUUCCCACCAGUGAUGUUUCCACCAAACUGACUUGGGGAUUAAAAUCAGUGUUACGUUUUCAUGAUUCGAAUGAAAACCUAAAGUUCAAUGUGUUUAUCACAUUUUCAACUCUGUCAGAUGGCAGUCAAGCAUCGAUCAUCAUGUCAACAGAAUAAGACCCUCGAUAUUGGAUAGGCGCAUCAAGCUUAUCACUGUGCACUUUCACCACCCUGUGAAGUUCAUAACUUAUUUAUCUGUAACCUAAUAAACUGCAUGGUUUCCCGAGUGGUAGUGGGAGGACCACACACCAUAUCAUCACGUGAAUCGAAGUUUACUUCAAUAUGAUGGUUAUUAUAUCAAUAUUUGUGCAUAAAGUAGUUUCCACUGCCAUUUCUCACAUGAUUAAUUUUACAGACACAAAAAGAUCCCACCAUGUCGAAUGAACCAAUUAUGUCUGCAUUUAUAGAAUUUUACAGACACUUCCUGUUUCCAUCACAGCUGUCAUGAUUUUUUAAAAAUACGGUAUGACUUUACUUGCAUAAAAAUUGUGGAUCGAAACAUGGUUAAUGAUAGAAAAUGUGUUGAAAAGAUAUUCCAGAGGGUCUGGAUGUGUCAGUCUUAUCAGUUGUGUGGCUCGACUACAGGUGUGAGAACCACCAUGAGAAGCUCAGUGUGUUCUGCUGGACCUGUAAGAAGUGCAUCUGCCACCAGUGUGCUCUGUGGGGAGGCAUGGUAAGUGACCCACAGAGGAGUAUUCUCAAUCAAGCCCACAUCAGUUUGGUAUAACACAACAAGUGCUCUCAGUCCGUCCCUCCAUUUUUAUGUUCACCACAUGUACCCCUUUCCCAAGCAUGGCGGCCACACCUUCAAGCCUCUAGCUGAGAUCUAUGAGCAGCACGUGACCAAGGUGAACGAGGAGGUGGCCAAGCUCCGCCGCCGCCUCAUGGAACUCAUCAGCCUGGUGCAGGAAGUGGUGAGGGGCACUGUUUCUGUAUAUUAUGACAUAUCAUGGGAUUGUUUUUUUUAGCUUGGUUAGAAGCACACAUGAGAAAAAAGUAUCAAUAUCACCAAUGCACAGUGCUGAAUUUAGCCACUAGAUGGCACAACGGCACUACAGCUAAUUCUCCUCUGUAGUGAUGGAAUGCCUCCUCUACAUUUACAUUUACAUUUUAGUCAUUUAGCAGACGCUCUUAUCCAGAGCGACUUACAGUUAGUGAGUGCAUACAUUUUUCAUACUGGCCCCCCUUGGGAAACGAACCCACAACCCUGGCGUUGCAGGCGCCAUGCUCUGCCAACUGAGCUACAGGAGACCUCUACACACUAUCCAUCUGUGAUGACAGAUGACGUUACCGUUGUACCAAGUUACAUUACAACUCUGCAACAGUCUGCCUUCAUUCAACAUGGUUUUCUGUUUCUCUCAGGAGAGGAAUGUGGAAGCAGUGCGAGGGGCCAAGGACGAGCGAGUGCGAGAGAUCCGUAAUGCAGUAGAGAUGAUGAUCGCCCGUCUGGACAACCAGCUCAAGAACAAACUCCUCACCCUCAUGGGUACGCUCAUUUGGUGACACCAUUCCGGGUUCUCUCUAGUCACUGUAAUGCCCUUCUAUGUCACUGAAAUAUUAUUCUUACAUGAAAAUGUCCUCUCACAACAGGUCAGAAGACCUCCCUCACCCAAGAGACUGAGCUACUGGAGUCUCUCCUGCAAGAGGUGGAACAUCAGGUGUGUGAACUUGUACCAUACCAGUAGUGUACCAUUUAACACCAGUAAACCGAAAGUCUAUAAUAACAGCAAAGGUGGCACUACAAGUGGAUUGGACGUGGUGUACCUGCUUGAGGGUGUGUUUCUUGCAGAACAUACUGUAUUGUCCUGUGGUUUGUGGAGGCAGGUGUUUAGGAGUAGAGUGUGAAGUGUUUCAAGUGGCAGUCUGGCACGCCACACCGAACAGCACUCAGGGUAGCAGGAAGCUGGGGGAGAGGAGGCACUGAGCCACCAAUGGUCUAGAGGCUUUCACUCCUUUCAUAUCCUGUUACUCUGCACCAAGGUUAUUAUUGUUUUGUGUUUUUAUAUUCGUUUUUAUUUCUAUUAGUUUUUAUUUAUUUUUGUUUUGUAUUAAGUUUAGUUUCAGUUAGUUUUCAGACCUGAUUUGUUCUUUUUUAUUUUAAGUUGUAUGAAUAUAUUUAUUUUGUUUUUAUAUUAUUUCGUUUUAGAAAGCAUGGGUUGGAGGCUAGGAGCCAUUUGGGUUGUAUAGUUUUAUUGGGAUGUCACUUACCACUGGGGGGGCAGUAAUAAAUAAGGUGAUGGAUCAGGUCAUAGGUUAGGCUAGCCCUUAUGACUCCAAUGCUACAUUAGUCAUUCCAUGUCCCUUUUUGAUUAGCUGAGGUGAUUUGGUCAAGUGUGAAACACUAUCUAAAAACAAUUGAUACUUGAUUGCGAUACGGUUUUAAAACCUUGAACACUCAACUUAAAGUAACUGUCCAGUGUUUCCAAAAAAUGGUAAUUAAGUAUGUGAAAAAUCACAUUUUCUUUGUUGGAAUGGUGUGGGCGUACCCCAAUAACAGAAUGGUGUGGGUGUAUAGCGGUCAUUGAAAAUAUUCAUGCGAGUAGAGCGCUGAUUGGCCAGUUCAUCCUCCUCAGGAGUAUGACAUCAUAAUCUAUAAGGAAAUGGCAAGCAUUUUUUAAACUGUCUGAUUUGAAGUUUGUUUUUUUUCUUCUCCAAUUUAUGCUUUGGCAACAUAAGAGUAUAACACGAGUGUUAACAGAAUAUAAACGUUUUAAAAGUUCAAAGGACAGUUACUUUAAUUAUCAUCCAAAAAUCACUUUACAAAUACAAAAGAUACACUUAGUGUUAGCUGUUUUUUUACCACUGAUUAUUAUUUUUUAAUUGUGUAACACAGCUUCGAGCAGACUUUUAGUUUUUCCGUCCUGAGUUUCCAUUAGCUCAGGAAGUGAAAUGCAAAACACCUCCGUGGGUAUGAUAUGAAGGUAGAACUUAUUAAACCGUAUUGCACGCUGUGAUUAUUAAGGGUUAGACAGAGCGUUGUACACGUUGGCCCCGCUGUGGUCAAUUGUUCAAAUGGGAACCCUAUGGCUGUAUGGCGGCAGGUAGCCCAGCAGUUAAGCGCGUUGGGCCAGUAACCGAAAGGUCGCUGGUUCGAUUCCUCGACCGACUAGGUGAAAAAUCUGUCUGUGCCAUUGAGCAAGGCACUUAACCCUAAUUGCUCCUAUAAGUCACUCUAAGAGCGUCUUAUAAAUGACUAAAAUGUUCGAGAGCUAUGCUUAGGUAUAAAUUAUAAAGUAAAUCUCAGUGACUUGGAUUUAAAAGGAAUAGCACCGAGACUGGUGCAAAAAAUAGGAUGGAAGAAAGCCCAUGUUUACACCAAUCCAAUGUCUUCUACACUGAACAAAAAGAAACACAACAUGUAAAGUGUUUUGGUCCCAUGUUUCAUGAACUAAAAUAAAAUAUCCCAGAAAUGUUCCAUAUGCACAAAAAGCUUAGUUUUCUCAAAUGUUGUGCCCAAACUUGUUUACAUCCUUGUUAGUGAGCGUUUCUCCUUUGCCAAGAUAAUCCAUCCAUCUGACAGGUGUGGCAUAUCAAGAAGCUGAUUAAACUGCAUGAACAUUACACAGGUGCACUUUGUGCUUGGGACAAUAAAAGGCCACUCUAAAAUGUGCAGUUUUGUCACACGACAAUGCCACAGAUGUCUCAAGUUUUAAGGAGCGCGUGCAAUUGGCAUUCUGACUGCAGGAAUGUCCACCAGAGAUGUUGCCAGAUAAUUUAAUAUUAAUUCCUCUACCAUAAACUGCCUCCAAUGUAAUUUUAGAGAAUUUGGCAGUACGUCCAACCAGCUUCACAACCGCAGUGUGUGGGCGAGCGGUUUGCUGAUGUCAACACUGUAAACAGAGUGCCCCGUGGUGGUGGGGUUAUGGUAUGGGCAGGCAUAAGCUACGGACAAUGAACACAAUUAAAUUGUAUCGAUGGCAAUUUGAAUGCACAGAGAUACCGUGACAAGAUCCUAAGGCCCAUUGUCGUGCCAUUCAUCCGCCGCCAUCACCUCAUGUUUCAGCAUGAUAAUGCACAGCACCAUGUUGCAAGAAUCUGUACACAAUUCCUGGAAGCUGAAAAUGUCCCAGUUCUUCCAUGGCCUGCAUACUCACCAGACAUGUUACACAUUGAGCAUGUUUGGGAUGCUCUGGAUCAACUUGUACGACAGCGUGUUCCAGUUUCCGCUGGUUUUCUGAUCCACGCCCCUACCUUUUUUAAAGGUAUCUGUGACCAACAGAUGCAUAUCUGUAUUCCCAGUCAAGUGAAAUCCAUAGACUAGGGCCUAAUUUAUUUAUUUCAAUUGACUGAUUUCCUUAUGAAAUGUUACUCAGUAAAGUUUUUGUAAUUGUUGCGUUUUAUAUUUUUGUUCAGUAUAACUUUAGUAGUACAAGUAUGAAGAAUAAAGUUAGCAUUUCCUGUUAGCAAGUGAUAGUGACGCAAAUGCUAGGCCUUUUUGAAUCUCCUGGCCGCAUUUACCAGCCAGCUUCAGUAGCAUGAAAAUCCCCCAAAAGCUUAAACUCCCAUUCGAUUUGUGCCCAAAAACCUAAAACUGAACAUAAUUCAUGAUGGUUUUUAUUUUAGUUAGUUUUGGAGUCAAAGAUAAUAGUUUUUGUUUUUCAAAUGGGUUUGUACAUUUUAUUUCAGUUUACUCAAUUGUUUUUUCAUGAUUCGUUUUAGUUUACUAUUAUAACCUUGAUCUGCACUGGCCUGAACAGACAGGAUGUUCAAAGCAGUGAUGUUCAGGACCACAAUGUGCUUUCACCUGUCCAGUUCUUUCACAUCAGUGCAGAUAAAUGAAUGGAUAAAAGGCUAGGAAGCCACUUUAGAAUAUUGAGAUUCACUUUUUGUUUUCUGAGAGAACUCAUUUGAAACUUAAAGAAACCAGGUGCGUUCGCACUGAUUUGAAACUCAUGUGAGAAACUACGUUUUUAUGGUGUUGAUAAUCCUGCCCUUUUUAGUCCAGAGAUUCCUAUAUUUCAAAACUGAGCAUAAAUUCAAUGAAGGUCAUAAGCCCCCUGAGAGAAUGGGUGUUUUCAAACCUUCACCCAGAUGUUUUCUUAUACGUUCACCUCUGAAGUCACAGCCUUGGGAUUUCCAUGGCCUGUGGAACUUUACCUUGAUAUGUCAUGCCGCCAGUGAAAUGAGAUGACGUUAAGCGUUAGAUUGAGGUGGGGGGGGGAGAGUGUGGGUCAGGUGUUGCCCAUGCAGAGCUCUAGAAUUGUGUGUGGUGUUCUGUCCUACAGCUGCGGUCCUGCAGUAAGAGCGAGUUGAUCUCCAAGAGCCCAGAGAUCCUGCUCAUGUUCCAGCAGGUUCACCGCAAGCCCAUGCAGUCGUUUGUUACCACCCCAGUCCCCCCAGACUUCACCAGGUAAUAUACUAACUAAACCCUACUGCACUAAACCCAUUCUACCCGCACUCCCUAGGUAAUGUACUAAACCACAGAUCAUGCAACUAGAGAACUUGAGAAUACAAACAUGCCCUACAUUCCUCUUUUUAUACUUUGUUGUAGCUGUGUUUUCACAUUGUUGUCAGAGAAAGGAGGGUCCACUUUUAAAUAUGGAUGUUCAGUUUUAAUUAUGUGUUUUCAGAUAUACAUUUCCAUUUGGAUGAUUCAUAAUGCAGCAAGAUAUUUUUAUGCUUUUAAUGGAUAUUUAAUUAAAUUGAGCUGUAAUUACAGAACAUCUCUCUUUCCCCCCCACACACGUAGUGAGCUGGUUCCUGCCUAUGACUCAAGCACUUUCGUUCUGGCAAACUUCAGGUAAAAAAAUCCUCCGCUGUAUCUAGUCUUGAAAAUGUUCUGAAAUUCAGCUUGUGUAUGCACAAGGAAUAGAAAUCGACAGUCUUUUUUAACAACAAACUAAACAUAUUUUAGCUUCUGUUUCUUGGAAAAUAAUUUAGGUUGCUAGGUCCAAGGCUCUGAUUAAGUGCUUAUGCUCUAGCUGCUAAUUAGCAUGUGACUGAUCAUGUAUUAGCACCAGUCGGUUGGGGGAUUUGCGCCGUUAAGGCAACCAAGGACAUGUCGGCCCAUGAUAAGGAGCAAUUUCUCUCUCGUUGUGACACUUUACCAAGACUCAGUUGAAAUUGGCUUGUUUAAUUAAUGAAUGGGUUCAUCCUAUCUGACUUGUUUUUCUGCCGGUGUGUUCCGUUGGUCUUACAGCACCCUGAGACAGAGGGCAGAUCCUGUCUACAGCCCACCACUCCAGAUAUCUGGCCUCUGCUGGAGACUCAAGGUUUACCCAGUGAGUAGACCACAGGCGGUUGGUGGCACCUUAAUUGGGGAGGACGGGCUCGUGGUAACGGCUGGAGCGGAAUGAAUGGAAUGGUAUCAAAUACAUCAAACACGUUUCCAUUUGUUUGAUGCCAUUCCAUUCCCUCUGUUCCAGACAUUAUUAUGAGCCUCAGCAGCCUCCACUGGAGUAGACAUACACCUCCAACAAUUGGUUGUUCUCUAGUAGUAAUUGCUACUAGACAACUAGCUCUUAUGUUCAUCCUAUCUUACUCUAACUACUAGAUUUGAUAUGUCACCUUUGUCACAACUAAGUUGUCAGUAUUGAAGAUCUGUGAAAAACUGGUCAUGUUCAUCAUUAUGUGUGUUUGUUUUUCCUUCAGGAUGGCAACGGUGUGGUGCGCGGCAACUACCUGUCAGUUUUCUUGGAACUAUCUGCAGGACUCCCUGAAACGUCGAAGUAUGUUUUUGUCAAGUUAUUGUCAUUCUCUUUCUAUCAAUCAAGUUUGAACUUUUAGUUAUAUCACCUUUAACGUUUGUGUCUGUAGGUACGAGUACCGCGUGGAGAUGGUCCACCAGGCCUCCAGCGACCCCACUAAGAACAUUAUCAGGGAGUUUGCAUCAGACUUUGAGGUGGGGGAGUGCUGGGGAUACAACCGCUUCUUCAGACUGGACCUGCUGGCCAGCGAGGGCUACCUCAACAUGCAGACUGACACUCUAGUCCUCAGGUGAGUAGUGCUGAGCGAUUAGUGGUUUUUGAGGUCUGUUCGAUUUUUGACAUCAAUAGGAAAUUACUAUGAAAUAAAAUAUUUCAGUUGUGUAUAUUACUAUGUUUAUUUGAUGACUAUUGUUUUUCAUUCCUUAAAGUCAACAUCUCAUCUCUGCUCAGGCAGUAGCAGUCAGUCAGACAUUAUCUCUGUGCUCCCCAUUUUGUCUUUAGUCAUCAUAUUUAGCUAGGUUAGCCUGCCUAAGCAUGCUGCAGAGCUGUCUGACGAAAUCAUUUUACUAGUUCUUAAAAGUAGAAAAGGCAUACAUUCACGAACUGUCUCUCUCCCUCGCUCUCAUCGUUGUGUACAUUCCUCUCUCAUGCGGUCCGUGUAUCUAACCUAACGUAGCAGGCGUAAAAGUGUAUCCAUCUCUGUCCAAGCCGGAAAGAACAGGCGCAAUGGAUUAUGGUCAUUGUAGUUAAUUACCGCGUUUCGGUUUCAGCCCAGGGUCCCACAUAGUUCUUGACUUGAUAUCUCAUGUUUAACUCGUGUUUUUAUUUUUAUAUUUAUCGUUCAGCACUACAGGUGAGUUACUACUAUACAUUAGUCAGAAAGGUGCCAUGUCUUUAUCAGUUCUAAUUCGGGGUUCAUUGAUGUCUUGUUUGGCUGCCGAGUUGACUCUGUCUCUGUCCUGAACAGGUACCAGGUGCGUUCGCCCACCUUCUUCCAGAAGUGCAGAGACCAAUACUGGUACAUCAGCCAGCUGGAGUCAGCCCAGUCCAGCUACAUCCAGCAGAUCAACAACCUCAAAGAGGUGGGGGCUUAGAUCAGGGUUUACCAAAUUCGGUUCUGGGCCCCCCCCCCCCGGGUGCAUGUUUUGGUUUUUGCCCUAGCACUACACAGCUGAUUCAAAUAACAAACUCCUCAUUAAGCUUUGAUUAUUUGAAUCAGCUGUGCCGUGCUAGGUCAAAAAAACUAAACGUGCACCCAGGGGGGACCCCAGGACCGAGUUUGGAAAACCUUGGCUUAGAUCACCACAAAUGACUAACAAAAAGGAUUAUUGUGUUGUCGUUGCAUAUUAUGUCUACCCGUUUUCAGAGGCUGGCCAUUGAGCUGUUCCGUAGGCAACAGUCUCGCAGCUCGUCCCCUCCUAACCGACGCCUGGGCCCCUCGACCUCGGAGAGAGACUCCCGCUCAGGGAAGUGCCCCGUGGCUGAGGAUGGCUGCCAGACCACCGAGACCAAAGGCGAAGAGAAGACUCAGCACGACUCCAAUGUGAGUAACUCAGACAUUCGCACUUUGUAAUCAUAUUCAUGAGGACCACAGAUGAUCACUGUAUUGGUUCAUAUUUUUGGUUCAAGAUGGUGCACACACAACAUGAUUAUACUGAUUUAAAGCUCUUAGUUUUAUAGCUAUGUACAGGUAACUGUGAAAAUAAAGGAAACACUUGAGUAAAUGAGGGAUGCAAAGUAUAUUGAAAGCAGGUGGUUCCUGAGUUAAUUAAGCAAUUCGUUUUACAGUUACAGAUUAGCCAUUUAGCAGACGCUCUUAUCCAGAGCGACUUACAGGAGAAAUUAGGGUUAGGUGCCUUUCUCAAGGGCACAUCGACAGAUUUUUCACUCUUAACUGCUAGGCUACCUGCCGCCCCAAUUAACAUCCCAUCAUGCAUUUACAUUUACAUCAUUUAGCAGACGCUUUUAUCCAGAGCGACUUACAAAUUGGUGCAUUCAAUUUAUGAUAGCCAGUGGGACAACCACCUUUUUUGCUUAGGAUCAUGUAUAAAAAUUCCCAGUUGCCCAUUAUUGUGGCUUCCAUGGCUAGAAGAAGAGAUCUGGGACUUAAAAAGAGGGGUAUCAAAGGAGCAUAGAGGGGUUUCAAAGUUUGUGUGUGUCUGUCACCAGAUCUCAACCAAUUUAACACUUAUGGGAGUUAGGGCAUGGUGGUAUACAGUAUUUUACGAUAUACCGGUAUUGAUGCACGGAACAGUUAGGGUUUUUGCUUUACCUUCUGUAAAGGUAUUUGAAUGUUUGGUUUGUUAUAUGGGAUACACCGUGUGUAACGUCCAUUUUUAUAGUUUACUUCGCUACUUGAGUCAUCCUCCACCUUUCCACACAGACCUAGCCCCGCCCCCUGUCACUCAAGGAGCGCAUUUGUUUUUCCUCGACCAUUCAGCACAUGCAACAAUGUUGAUGACAAGGACACGGUUUUCACUUUGCUUCUUAAUAUAAAUCCACUAGCGUUCUAUAAUUACACUAUUCGGUUGUGUUUCUUACAUCUGCAAAGAGCUAGUUUGUCUUUUCUUAGCAAGUUGGGCCUAAAUCUUGUUAGCCGCUAAUGCUAAUCGCUAGUUAGGUGGCUAGCUAGCUAAUACAUGUACUGAGUCAGAGCAAAUGUAAUUAGCUAUACAGCCUGAUAAUACCAGUGAUGGCGUAGACCUAAAUCAGCAUAUUGUUUGUGCAACAGUAUCUUUUAAAUCAAAGAGGAAUACGCGAAGCAUGAAUAUGUUAGCUACAUGAAGUAGUGAAGAGAGAACUUAUUAAAUGUAGCCAAAGAUAAUAGGGUCCCCCUAGGAAACACUUGUCAACACUUUAGGUCCUACCGUGUCACAACAACUCCUUCCUGGCAUUUUCAUUCGUCAUGUCAAACAACAUUCUAUUCAAAGUGCCCAGUAUUAUAUUCUAACUAUAGAAUUAGAAUAAUCAUUCAAUUUUCAUGAUUCCAACAGUUCACCCAAGUGUUUUGCUCUAAAUCACAAGUCAUGUCACAAUUGCAACAUAUGGUAAGGAAUAAGGCCUAGGUUGUUUGCCCAUAUCGGGUAACGGAAAUGAUCCAAAUUAGUGCAGGAAAUGCAGAAAUUGAUGAAAAUGCUGACAAUUUUUUAAAAUUGAGUUUAAUUGAACAUUAUAAAACAAUCAGAAUGGAGAAAAAACUAUUGAAAUCACUUAGAAUGUAUGUGUUGCCACCCUUGGGUCACACACUACUCAUAAAGCAAAUUUAGAACUUUUAUUAUUAGAAACAUAAAAUACCUUCAUACCGUCCUUUAAAAAAAAUACCGUAAUAUUAUAUUUUGGUCAUAUCGCCCACCCUUAAUGGGAGUCUGGAGAGGUGCCUGAGAUGGCGUUUUCCACCACCAUCAACAAAACACCAAAUGAUGGAAUUUCUCGUGGAAGAAUGGUGUCACAUCCCUCCAAUAGAGUUAUAGACACUUAUAGAAUCUAUGCCAAGGCGCAUUGAAGCUGUUCUGGUGGCUCGUGGUGGCCCAAUGCCCUAUUAAAAACACUAUUUUUUGGUUUCCUUUUUGGCAGUUACCUGUAUGUUUCAAGCUCAGUGGUCGAAACGGUUAAAUGGUGUGUGGAUACGAUAGUCACCUUCAUAACCACUGGGGUCGAAAGAUUGUCACAUUAAAAUCCAGAAAAAAUCAACAACGUAUAAUUUUGGUUAAUAUUUGUUUCAGAUUAAAAUGUAUGUCAUUUUAAAAACGGCGCAUCAAUAGUCUAUAGCACUGGACUAAAUUAGAUUUCAGAAACACUCCACCUUUUCUUCCACUAAUUGUCUCUAGUCUUAAGCGCUGACCUCGGCGUGCAUUAUCAUAAAUUGUCUUAAGAAGGAGAUGGGGCACAGUAGAGGGGAAACACUUGGUGCGUCAGGAGCUGAGCUCCAGGCUGCGUGUUGUCUGAACAUUGUGCUAAUGUUGCAUUAAUGUUGAAGUGUGUUCAUGAGCUGUCUGAUGGGAACCUUGAGCAUGUACUAUUUCAUUGGUGUAUCAGAUGAUAAAACACGGCACAGCAGCACUAAAGGCUCUUAUGUUAUGUAAAUGUUGUGCCAACGUUGUGGUGUGGUCAGGAGCUGUCUGACGGGGACUUGGAGGUGGACUGUCUGACGGGGGAUGAGGAGGUGAACCCUCUGGACGGCAGCAGCACCUCAGGCAGCUCCACGGCAACCAGUAACACAGAGGAGAACGACAUCGACGAGGAGACCAUGUGAGUGACCCACCGGCACAGUCGCCCCCAACCACCGAACUCUCUCGUUUUGGGGGGGGGGGGGGGAAUGCAGAAAUUAAAUUAUAUUAUAUCUGCAUCCGAUCAGUACAAUUCAGUUAGACUCCCUCUGCCCCCCCCCACCCACUCAUCCCCACCCGGGUUGUGCUACUUAGAAAAUGUGUAGUUUUGAUAUGACUAGUGUAUGCAGACCUAAUUUAUGUGUUUUCAAACCCCUGCGACCAGAGAGGCUGAGAGUGGAGUGCAGCACUAGCUGGAGCAUCAGCCUCGCAUGUUUGCUCUCGCUCUCUCUCUCUCUCUCUCCCCUCCACCCCCUCAUUGUGAGCUCUCCAGAUGAGCCAUCCAUGAGUCAUCAUUGCUCCUCAUACUGCCUAGCUGGCUGAGGGUAAAAAACCAACACGAGGCUCACCAGCUCCUUCCACACACACGCGCACGCGCGCACACACACACACACACACACACACACACACACACACACACACACACACUUGCACACAUACAUAGACAUUAUCACACAUUUACUGUAUGCAUAAACACUCACAGAAGGGCUUCCCAUGUCUUCAUACAGACCUGUACGCACACACAUUGUCCAAUCUCCAUGCCUCUCCUGAAACACUUAAAUAAAUCCAUGUUAGUGCUCCAUGUUUGCUUUUAACAAGGAUCCUCUCAGGCCCUGUGGGGGGAAACCACAGUCAAGUGUCAUCCCCCUCUCCGCCCACAAGGCACUUCCCGAUCUCUCGCUUGCUGUCUCUCUCAGCUGUAGGGCUUUUUCUCCUCUCAGCUGUAGGGCUGGUAGGGCUUUUUCUCCUCUCAGCUGUAGGGCUGGUAGGGCUUUUUCUCCUCCCAGCUGUAGGGCUGGUAGGGCUUUUUCUCCUCCCAGAUGCUCUGGGAUGUGUCGUUCCAACGUCUAUAAAUACGCUGAGUGAGAAAAGCUCUGCUGGAUAUCUCUGACUCAUGUUGUACUAGGGGCUGAUACAAUAGCAAGGGCUGCUAUGUUUCCCCUUUUAUCCCCUGUUCUCCGCCGGGGCAUACCUAAAGGAAUGUGUACAGGGCAAGCUUACAGACUGAGGUAUACGAACACACAAAGGACACGCACACAGUCCCUUACUUGCACACUCUCAAAUGGGCACGCACAUCCCAUGGGGCCCCUGCUAAAAUAACAGCACGACUCAUCAUUAAGCUGUACCAUUCCAGAGAGAACAUUGCAGUGCACGGUCCAACCAUUUCAUCAGUAGAGCUACUAGCUGGUCUGUUACAACACAGAGCACUUUCUGUCUAAUCACCCUAAAAAGCUUUUUGGUAAGGGAACACUCCUCUGUGAUUUACGGAGUCCUGGACAUGGACCCACUUUCUCAUUUAAGAGUUGCUGGUCCAGCCAAGGUCUUGCGGAUGCUGAUUUAUUAGUUGGCUCAUAAUGCUGUCUCCCAGCCUUAGUAUUGGCCAAGGAACUCAAUUUUCCUUAAGUGGGGUUGACUUGAACGUGCACAGGAUCUAUACCCAUAGAGGUCCAUGGACGGAACAAAAUGUCCAUGUCCCCAAAUGGUCACAUCUCACUGUCUUGUAACAAUGAAUCGGCCAAUGAAACCAAUUGAGAAACUCAAUCAACUAAAACUCAGUUGACCAAAUUAAAUGACAGCUAGGCUAUUUGAAAUGAUAGGUAGGCUUUUUUCCCGGUCUUGGUGUGGUUUGGGCGUGAGUCAGCUUUAGUGUUGGCUGUCAGCUAAAGUUUUAGUGUUUGUUUGACCGUGACAUUGUAACAAUGUUGUUCCCAGUCCUGAAGUUGAUGGUCUCUGGUUCUCAGGUCUGGGGAGAAUGACGUGGAGUUCAGUGGGAACCUGGAGAUGGAGGAGGGAGAACUGCCUGACGAUGUGGCAGGAGCAGCAGGUUGUCUCUCUUUCUCUCUCUACUCCCUCAUCUGUUUUUACAUCUCCCUCCCCUCUUUUCUCUCCAUCCCAUUCUCUCUCUCUCUCACCCUCUCUCCCUAGUUCUCCCUCUCAUACUUUCUGUGUCUCUCUCUUUCCGGAACCUUUUUUUUUCUCUCAUCAGAUCUCUCUAGUGUGUGCGUGUUAGUGUGAUGGGGCUUAAAGAGGAUGUCAUGGGUGCUGAUGUGGAACGUUUAAACUGUGUGUGUGCAUGUUAAGCCAAAGGGGAGUGUAAAGGGCUGCAUAACGAUGCUUAAAUUUGCAUGUAUGAAGUGAAGGAACGUAAUUCAUGUCACAGUUUACUUUAAUUUACGUAGGGUUUAGGAUGCACCUUUCUUUGGCAGAUCUAAGUCUUGUCCUGUUACUCUUCGGUAUUUUGGUAAUUGAUUUCAACUUUAGCAACUCAGUAUGGGCCGUCCUUAAACUUGGACAUGUUGAUAGUCUCUUUUACUUCAUAUCUGACUCUCCUCAAAGGAAAAUAUCCAUUAUUACAUGCCCGAAUGCCUAAUAGUGGGUUAGCCAGGGAGGUUAUUCAAAUUCAAAUGUAUUCAUUAAACAUUGGCUGCAAAGUGGAUUAUCGUCCCCGCCGCCAUUACUCUCACUGCCUCAUACAGAGUUGUGGUUUUUCCAAUCUAAUCUCUCGCCUUUUUUAAAUGCUCAUUGUAUGCAGACCGUAAUUAUUUUUCUGCUGCUCUCGUAGCUGUGCGCCGGCUGACUCAUUUAAUACUGUAGUGAAAUGGCUGGAGAGUUGAAUUGAAUCUUGGUGCAGGAGUUCUCUUUUCUGAAGAGGGUCUACUGUACUCCUGAGUGGCGCAGUGGUCUAAGGCACUGCAUCGCAGUGCUAACUGUGCCACUAGAGAUCCUGGUUCGAAUCCAGGCUCUGUCGCAGCCGGCCGCGACCGGGAGACUCAUGGGCGGCGCACAAUUGGCCCAGCGUCGUCCAGGGUAGGGGAGGGAAUGGCCGGCAGGGAUGUAGCUCAGUUGAUAGAGCAUGGCGUUUGCAACGCCAGGGUUGUGGGUUCGAUUCCCACGGGGGGCCAAUAUAAAAAAAAAGAUUUAUUCACUAACUGUAAGUCGCUCUGGAUAAGAGCGUCUGCUAAAUGACUAAAAUGUAAAUGUCUACUGUAACUUCAAAUGGAGAUGCAGCGUGGGCUGUUUAGUAACCAUAGCGCUCCGCUCUGUGUUAAACCUAGAUAAAGAUUUCCUUUUGCAACCAGUAUUCAAUAUGCCCUAUUCCAAACUCAUUCAAAGUGUCAGUUGACUCCCUUUACUACUUCUCCAACACUCAAUAGAUAGAAGCUUAUCCAGUAUAGCUCACCUUUUGGUCUCCCCUUCCUUCCUCACCAUUGUACCUCUGACUCUACCACUCUCCCAGGAAGCUCUAACCCCGGGGCCAGGUGUCUGAGGCGUAGUGGUCUCCCCUCGGCUGGAGAUCUGCUGGAGAUUGACCCCGUCAUCCUCAUCCAGCUACUGGACCUGAAGGAGCGCAGCAGUGUGGAGUCACUGUGGGGCCUUCAGCCCAGACCCCCUGCCUCCCUGCUGCACAGCCAAGGUAGGGUCUCUCUUUCACAGCCUCCUACUUUGUACUGGGUAGCCAAGCUAGGGCACAGUCACUCCCUCUCUGGGAAACAUUAGGACAAGCGCUAAUAGCCAAUUAAUCUAGUCAUCUCCUCUUUUCAUUCUUCGCUUUACUCUCUCUCUUGCCAGUCCAAGUCCACUCCAGGAAGGAGCGGGGUGAGCGCAGGCCUCAGACAGUGCGGCGGGGAGCCCCAGACUCGGGGGUCCUGAUUCGGCUCAAGGCACAGAUGGCCGAGGUGCGCAGUAAGAUGUCGGAUGUCAAGUGUCAGCUGGAAGCACGGGGGGAGACCAAGGCAGGGCCCUCCGGCGGGGCCACAGGGGUGGAGCAGGGGCCAUCUUACCACUCAGACCUAGGGCCCAGCAGGAAGCCCACAGAGCUAGAUCUGAUAAGGAAAGGACCUGGGGCCUCCAGACACUGUCGCUCUGGUGAGUGUUGCUGUACACACACACACUACAAUCUGUGGAACUGGAUAGCAUUUCACAGUACAGCACGUUCUACUGUCAAACUCUUUUUGAAGACUCUAGACGGGCAGCUGGGGAGCUAUCGACUGCUCAGUCAGAUGUUUAUCUAUCUGUGGUUUGUGUGGCAGGAGGGAAGAAGGCCUCAUCUCACAAGCAGGAGGGGAGUGGGCUGGGCCUGAGGAGGGCCACCGACCUAGUUGAGAAGGAGCUGAGAGGCCAGAGCGAUGGAGAGUUGUCCAGCGACCAAGGCCUCUUUCCCAGGGACACCUCCAAUGGAUCAGAGGGUCAGUAGUAAAGCCAGGUAGAGGUGGGGUUAUCAGUGUUUAGACCACCAUGGCUCCACCUAUGUUCCCAAAUGAAUGAUUGUCAGCUGAUGACUUCUGACUGACCAGUGUUUCCCUGUGCUGUGUCAUACUGUAGGAGCCCUGAAGCCACGCAGCGCCCACAGCUCCCCUCCCUAUCUGGGCAACUCGUCGUCCUGCUCCGAAAACAAACCCUGCAGCUCCAAACACGACCAGGAGCAGCUCUGCGUGGCCGACUUGUACGCUCUGGGGUGCCUCAGCGGCAUCUCGACCGCCACGAUGACACGACCCAGGACCCAGCCCAUGGGGUAAAACUAACACCCUGUCCUAAAUCCAAAUCCAACCCUAGCCCCUAUGCAUUUGUGGAGAUCCAAAGUGAUUGGAUUGAAAUUCUAUUACGUUUAAUAAAAUAAAAUAAAUGUAUACAGUCCAGGUGCUUGGAGAAUGGCACUUGAUAAUUGAAAAGUGUACUUGACAGUUGAGAAAAUAAACUCCCUCACACAACAUUUCUGUUUGCUCCACAAUCUUUUAAUGGAUCGCUUUAAACCAACACUUUGGUUAUUAUUCCUUUAUCAAGUGUUUAGCUCCUGACAAAGCCUCCAAUUUAACAAUUUGCUUUUUUGGCGUCAUAUUUGUUUUGUGCUACUGUUUUUUAAAAUUACUUUACUGUGCCAACCUUGGCUGGGUUUUAAAAGAAGGCUGGAUAAGUGAAAAUAAAGUAUUUGCUGCUGCUGUUAUAGCUAAGUAGACUCAGUGGUAUUUAUGUGGCACCCUAUUUAGUAUUACAAUUGGUCCUCCCAGUGGACCAAGAAGGCCUGAGAGUGAGCUUUCUCUAAAAUAAUUGUUUAGGUUUGGAAUGAACCAGCUACUAGAGUGGUGUAUUUAUUAACUUUUUCUCUCUUGCCAAAAUGUUGCUGAUCCUAUCCAUCAGUGUUCUGUAUUUUGUCAAGUUUUGUGUGAACCCCAGGAACAAUAGCUGCUGCUUCUUUAACAGCUAAUGGUGAUACGAAUGCAAAUCAUAAAUCUCAACAAUACCUUAGAAAGAAAUGAAGAAAAAUAUGCCCAUGUCUAUUCAAAUCAUACAAUUUCACUUGUGCUUAAAACAAGAGUGGCAGAUCUACCUUCCUCCUGUCCAGCAUUUUGUGUGGAUGGCCAUUUAGUCAUUGAUGGACCACUCUUGGAGCAGUGUGAAAAGGUCUUGGCAGUGGACACAUCUGUGGCCAUGGGGAUUAUCUGAGGUGAUGUUGUGCAGGAGGCUUUGUGACAAGGGAAUUGUGUAAACUGACACCCUCCUCUCUCUCUCUUCCCCCUCCCCUCCCUCAGGGCCGGCCUGCUGACGGACAGCUCUCUGGACUGUGACUCGGAGGAGACGGCUGAGAUCCGCCAGUCACUGCUCUCCCUGGCAGAGGAACCCUCUUUAUGCCCCAACCAAGGUGAGCCCUCACUGCUCUUACACCCCUCCCGUCCUCCACCUCUCAUUCCACCCUCCUCUAUGGAGGAUUGCUGAUGUGAUGGCACUAAGGAUUGAGCUCCACUUUUCAUCUUAAGUGGAUAGAAUAUACUGUAAUCUAAUACCAUACUGCAGGUAGAGUUAACAGCUUCUUUGAGAAGGGUAUUUUUAAAAGAUGUUUAUCCUGCAGCAUUACUCCUAAUGAACUCUGGGAUGAGUGUGUCUGUAGAGAGAGCGAGUGGGUGUUUACUUGGCACUGUGUGCAGAAUGAGAGGUGUGCUCUUGGCACUGAUGGUGUUCCCCUUACCUGUGAGACUUCGCUAUAAGGAUAUUUUUGUCUCCCCCAACCUGUUUGUUUACCAAUGUGCUGUUCUCUCCCUUUUCUGUUUGCCUGUCUCUCCCACUCUCUCCCUGUCAUUCUGUUUUCCCUUAUCCUGUGUGUCCCUCUAUCUUUCUGUCUGUCAGGUCAUGUUGUCCAGAAGCGGACAGUGGUACUGCUGCCAGGUAUGAGCAGUGACAGUGAGAUCGACUGUGACACGGAGAACGAGGACGAGGUGGUGGCCCUGGAGGCUGGAGAUUGUCGCUAUGACGCCCAGGCACUGCCCUGCGCAGGUCAAUAUUGUUACCUGCUGUGUAACCCCCUCACACAAAAACACACAUACCCUAGUGUGGGGUUCCAGUUCUGCACAUUGUCCACACACAUUUAGCCUCAAAUCAGUUUGCUAGUACUGUGGAAGGGAAUGAUUGCUAUGAUUGUUUAAAUGCUUCUGUUCUUCUUUCCUCCCAGGGGACCAGUUGAUCUCUGAUGACCUAAGCUUCACCACAGGAGAGACCACCGAGAGGUGAUUCCUCUCCAAUAUGGCCACCACAGCCGGUCUAACAGUGGCAAUUGCCGUGUGGGGUACUGAACUGCAGGGUAUAUAACUUUAAUGCACAUGAGCAUCUGUGUAGACACUUGCAUGAACUCAUUCUAGUCACUGGCAACACCAAAUGCUAUGAGAAUGCUACAACUCACUAAGUAAGCACCUUGAUGACUGACUGCAAAAUGUCACAAUAUAUUUGGUCACUUGUAUUAAUUGUUUCAUUUACAUUUACAUAGAUUAAAUAUGAGUUUGUAUGGGGCGAGGAACAAUAUAUUUGCGAGAGACAUAUAUUCCUUAGGCUGUCGUUGUGAAAACUAAAAUAAGAACAGUUAUAAUAUGUAACUAAUGAGGUCAUGGUUGAUGUUUGCAACGUCUACAUACUCAGAUUGGGCUUUGGUCUGGGCAUCAUGAGCGAAGGUGAAUUUUUAGAAAUAAGCACGGUGCACCUGCUUCACAACAGAACGAGAACCUCAAAAGCUCUCUGCCUUUCUGAUUCAAUGAGGUGCUAUUGAUGUAUUUGUGUGGAGGACCACAGUCAGGCAGGUAUCACACAGUGCUGUAAUGAACACUCAAUUCUGGUUAACAGUCUAAGCGAAUGCCUUGAAAUGAAGUGGACGCAUUUAGAACCUUCAUUCCUGUAUCACCAUCGCUUAAAAGAUGUGAGGUACCCUUUACGUUAACUGAAGGAAACGCGGGGCUGAAACAUGAGGAAAGAUUGCCAGAAGUCCCCUCUGUGUAAAUCUUGUCAAUGUAAACUACUGUAUUUCAUCAACUUCUCCUGUUAGAUUGGAGUUGCUUUUCCCCCAGUAAAUCAUUUAGAACAAGAACCAGUUUUUCUGCUGUGUAGACAGACAUUGAAGUGUAUCAGUGGUACGUCCCCUCUGGCAUGUGUAGAAGAUCGCUACAUUUUGAAUUAGUAUUGAGAGAAUUCUUAGUAGAGAAAUAGGCAUGACUCUUGCUCGCAUUAUUGAGUGGAUUCUGACCGAAUUGAUCAUUAACAAUUAUUCGUUGACGGUCUGGGCUUCAAGUGCUCUUUGACCUUGUCUCUUCAUUGCACAUCAAAGCUGACGUACAUUAUCCGUACAUACAGGGUUCUUUCUUUCAUGAAUAAGUGUUUUCUGCAGUUCUUGUCAAGAUGAGCUCUGUAACAUAGGCACGUGUGUAGGUGGUGUACAAUCUUAACUUUUUCCCUGUGCUGUGUGAGCAACUCCUCACAGUUCUGCUUGACUUUGAAAAAUGGGUCCAUGCUAAUUCACAAAUUCACAGGUUUUGACUUCUAUGAAGCAGAUGCAAUUUAGGUUACAACUCAGUGGAUUCCUUUCCCUAUUCAAACAUGGUCUUAAAUUGAUUAAAAUGUUACAUUCCAUCUUCUUGGGUCUAGAUUGAUUUUAUUUUGCUUAUUUUCUGCGCAAUCUUUGACUGAGUUAAUUUGCAAAUUCAUUUGUUUGACUGAGAGGUGUGUAAUUAAGUGUUUGUUUUGUACAAAGGCUCCCCAACAAUGAUGGGAAUAUUUUUUUAAAAGUGUGUAAAGGACCCAUUUCCUUUGCAUGUUUUCCUUUUUGCCCAUCAGAGGGUGCCAUUUCUACCUUAAAGUUUAGCUUUGCUCUAUGACCGUGGACCAUUUUUCUUUAAACAGUACCAUUUUAUUGCUUUUAACCCUUGAAAAAGAAAUCUAAAGACCACACUAGCAUCCACAUGGACAUCAUAAUAGAAACUGUAGUUGCUCUUUGCACCAUGUAGAACAAUGAACACUGGCAAAGAAGUUCAUUGAAAAAAGGUGGUGACCCAACCGGUAAACAGUUCUAUCCCUUAUCCCUUGAAAGGGAGACAUGUAAGAUGUCUCAAAGUAUACUAAUGUCCAUUGACUAAUAAGGAAAUAUGUUCUAAAUAGCUGAGUGGUUAACGCUGUUAAUAUCUUCAUAUGUCAGCUAUAGGAUGCCUGAUGCUAAACCUACAGCUGCAGAUCUUCUUAAUGUUCCAUCGUGUGCCUAAAACCACAUGGCUUCAAUGGGGUUGAACAGGCAGACAGAGGGUAGAAAAUAUGUGUAAAACCUCUUGUGCCCUUGAAAGGGUGUUUGUAUAUACAGCUCGAGACUCAUCCUGAUAUGGUCUUAUUGUAUCUGUAUCGAUUUCUGUGUGUGCACACUAUGCACAUUUCUGUUACUGCCCAGGUUUGAGGUGUGUGUGUGACUGAGUGGGAAAGGGCUGGCUGAGGAAAGGCACUAGAAAGAGGGUGAUUAGAUGUGUUUGAGUGUUCAUGCUUUCCUUUGUUGUGUCUGAGUUUAUUUUGUAUUGUCCCAGAAUGCAGUGGGAAUUUAUGUUGGGUAUGUCUUUUUUUAAUCUUUUUUUUGAACUUAUAGAAUAUGACAUGAACAAAUAAAAAAAUUGUAUGGUUUC